GUAGAAGUUCACAUCCCCAGGAACAUCUGAAUGACAGCAUGAACUGAGCAUAGUUCAGAUGCUAUGAAACAUUACAUAGAACCAAUAGCAAGGCAUGACUCAAGUUCAUAAUGAACCAAAACUAUAAUGAUUACAUCAGGUAUGAUUUACGUAUGAUUUAGAGGUGACCAAUACAUACCGGUAUGUGUGCUUGAAGUGGGACAUAUAUGUCUAUGUAUAUGACAUCAUGAGGUGACUAAUAAAUUGGUGUGUGUGUUUGAAGUGUGUCUGCAGCUGAAGAAGAGGAAGCACGACCGGUUGGACUCGCAGACGUACAAGAGAUCAGCGUGUCCCCAUCAGUACCCUAUGUGCACUGAUGAAGACUGGGGCUCUGGCUGUCCCUCUGGUUGUGUUGUGCAGGCUCUGCUCCUGCAGCAGGAGGUGGCGGUGGAGAGAAGGAUGCUGGAGGUGUGUGACGGAGUGGAGCGACACCACCACGCCUCCCGCUCCACCCUGGGCUCCAGCUGGGUGUUCUACCACACCCAGAGACACGCACUCGGCUCCCAGCGUGACUCGGUGCUCCGGUAUGUUGCCGGGGCCGACCGACUGGCGAGGAAGCUGAGGUUGCUACGGAAACUAUCGUCUGCGUCGUCACAGAGACUGAAGGAGUUGAGGCAACAGGUCCAGAAACAGAUGGAAGAGCUUUAUCAUACAGAGGUCGACGUGGACAUUAAGAUCAGGGCUUGCCAGGGCUCUUGCGCCUCCAGGCUGACCUUCAGGCUCCAGGAGGAGGACUACCCGGACCUCCUAGACCAGAUGGCCCUCUCUCCUCCUGCUCCUCCACCCAGGCGGGAGCUCCCAGACGUAGCAACCUCCGCCCCCGGCGGACUGGAAGAACAGCUGCGACACUUUGGAGACAUUGAGGAGAACAAGCUGGUGAUCCACCCACCACGCCUUCACCCAGAACACCCAGACCUCUGAGACGGCUGUCACAUGAUCACAACCAUCACCUCACAUGGGACGGCUGUCACCUGAUCAGAACUAUCACCUCACAUGAGACUGCUGUCACAUGAUCACAACUAUCACCUCACAUGAGACUGCUGUCACACGAUCACAACCAUCACCUCACAUGAGAUGGCUGUCACAUGAUCAGAACUAUCACCUCACAUGAGACUGCUGUCACAUGAUCAGAACUAUCACCUCACAUGAGACUGCUGUCACAUGUUCAGAACUAUCACCUCACAUGAGACUGCUGUCACAUGUUCAGAACUAUCACCUCACAUGAGACUGCUGUCACAUGAUCAGAACUAUCACCUCACAUGAGACUGCUGUCACAUGUUCAGAACUAUCACCUCACAUGAGACUGCUGUCACAUGUUCAGAACUAUCACCUCACAUGAGACUGCUGUCACAUGUUCAGAACUAUCACCUCACAUGAGACUGCUGUCACAUGUUCAGAACUAUCACCUCACAUGAGACUGCUGUCACACGAUCACAACCAUCACCUCACAUGAGACUGCUGUCACAUGAUCAGAACUAUCACCUCACAUGAGACUGCUGUCACACGAUCAGAACUCUCACCUCACAUGAGACUGCUGUCACAUGAUCAGAACUAUCACCUCACAUGAGACGUCUGUCACACGAUCAGAACUAUCACCUCACAUGAGAUGGCUGUCACAUGAUCAGAACUAUCACCUCACAUGAGACUGCUGUCACACGAUCAGAACUAUCACCUCACAUGAGACUGCUGUCACACGAUCACAACUAUCACCUCACAUUAGACGUCCGUCACACGAUCACAACCAUCACCUCACAUGAGACGGCUGUCACAUGAUCACAACUAUCCUCUGGUCAAGCAGGAACCACCAAGCACACCGGAGUCUGUGAUGCUUUUGUUGUUCGGGGCCAUGUCGGGCCGCAACCCACCUCCAAAUGAAGCUGUAGUUACAAACUGCUGCCCGAAACACUACUGAAGAGUCAGGCUGUUUUAUCGUGAAGAAUAAAUAAUACCAUGUAUUAUUGCAGUAAUAUGAGUACUGUCAUGGAGUCUUAUAGAAAAUACAUUUAUUUGUAUCAUACUUUGAUUCAUUUUAUUCGAUAUACAUAUAUAUAUAAUAUCAAGGAAGUGGUACGGAGAGAAACAGGUUUCACUGUAACAUGAAAGGAGGUGGUACUAGGAGAAACAGGUUUUACUGUAAUAAUAAAGGCAGUGGUACUAUUAGAAACAGGUUUACUGUAAUAUAAAAGGAGGUGGUACUAUGACAAACGUGUUUUAACUGAAAGUGCUGAAAGCAAUAUUUAUCUGUUAAAAUAAGUGUGGAAUAGCUCUAUAUUCCUACAGCCAUCACUUAUAGUGUGUCUGGUCUGUAGAGAGAGAACUCCACAAAGAGGAAUACUAGUUGGUAUGAUGAGAAGCAAUACUAUAGCUCUUAUGUAGUCAUAGGUCAUGAAUUAGCUAGAAACACCUAACUGCUUAUUUCAAACAGCCAGUUGCUAUGAUGGCAUGUUAGCAGAUAUCGAACCUGUGGUAUUUUAUUUCCUGACCUUAACCCUGUACAGUCUAACAACCUACGAAGCCAUCAGUGUUCCAAAUGAGAAGAAAAUUGUGAGGAAUAAAGAGUUAAGUUUGAAGAACAAGAAUCGUAUGGUCCAUCUCCUAUUGAUGCAUGACUUGAGACUGUCAGAGUCUGGAGACCAUUUCAGUCUGAACAUGCUGUCAUUCUGAGAUACUGUCAGUCGGAAGACUGUUAUUAUGGAGACUGUUGGUCUGAAGACGGUGUCAGAGUCUUUAGAUGCCGUCUGUGAAAUCGUCUUUAGUUUCUGAUUUGAAACAAGUAAUUUGUCUGUGUGCCAGUUGAACGUGUCUCUGGUUUAUAUGGGGGUGGUUUGGUCGUAAGAAGGACAUGCAGGUCUAGAAAGAAUGCAACCUUUCAGGGCUGGGGUGUUUUUAAGUAUUGAAAACAGCACGAGACUUUAGAAGUGAAUGGGUUUUUAUUAAGACAAUAAGUACUUUGACUCACCCAACACUGACAACAUCACACAUGGAAACACUGACAUCACGCCCCCGGCAGAACGAUUGACAUCUGACAUCCAAGCACACACAGGUUAAUCGUAACCUGUAGCAUUCUGCUGUAACAUUUCAGUGUACCGUUCAGGUGAACAAUUCUGCUUCAAUGUUGAAAUAU